AUCUCGGUUAGCGAUUUUCGUUUCAAAAACGACGCCGUUAAUUCCUUACAUGUCGACUACUCAUAUGUGUCGCCCAGAUUUGAAGAUCGGAGAUAUGAAUCUCUUCUUUCUCUGGAUUUGAAAGUUCGAUAAAAAUCUACUGAUACAUCGACUUCUGGAAGCGAUCUCGAUCUCUCUAGAAUUGUUUCGACGACGAAGAUGAAGAAGAUUCAAAUUGGUGCGGUGGCGCUAUUGGUGUUUCUAUCUGUGGCCUCUCUCUUUGAAAUCGGAUUGGCUUCUCCGAACACAGUUCCUGCUUUCCUCUGGUCUCCGCAUCUCCAGUCUGCUAAUGGUGAAUUGGAUGAGGCUGUAAAUUAUCAGGUCAUGUCUGCAAAGGAUCUAGUUGGUUCUGUUUUCACUCAAGGAGGUUGGUCAAACUUUCUGUGCUCAGAGAAGAAGCUUGAGCAACCUGUUGAUGUUGCACUUGUGUUCAUAGGCAGAGAGUUACUGUCUUCUGAUGUUUCUUCAAAAAGGAACUCAGAUCCUGCCCUUGUUAACACAUUGAAUAAUCUAUUUACAGCUUCCAACUUCUCAUUGGCAUUCCCAUAUAUUGCUGCUCCAGAGGAAGAAAGGAUGGAGAAUUUGUUACUUUCAGGGCUUAAAGAAGCUUGUCCCAACAAUGUAGGAGUCAGCAAUAUCGUGUUCUCAGAUUCGUGCUUUGUUGAGGAUGGAACAAUUCAGAAACUUUCAGACUUGCAGUCUUUCAAAGAUCAUUUGCUUGCUAGAAGAGAAACAAGGAAAGAAGGAGAAACUGACUUGGUUGUGCUCUGUUCCGAGGGUUCUGAAUCGAAUAGUCAAGCUGGACAGUCACAUUCAGAGCGUGAAAGCUUCUUGGAACUUGUUAGUUCUGUAGAACAAUCCGGCAGUAAAUAUACAGCUCUUUAUGUUUCUGAUCCUUAUUGGUACACAUCUUACAAAACUCUCCAAAGGUUUCUAGCUGAAACUGCUAAAGGAAACAGUACUCCUGAAAUUGCUACUGGCUGUGAUGAACUCUGCAAAUUUAAGUCAUCACUUUUGGAGGGCAUACUAGUGGGAAUCGUUUUUCUUCUCAUCUUGAUCAGUGGACUUUGCUGUAUGGCGGGUAUCGAUACACCGACUAGAUUCGAGACUCCUCAAGAUUCUUAAGCUGUUGACCUUAAGAGCCAUCCCCACCUUUUGCUUUGCUUUUGACGAGUCUUUUCUUGUGCAUAGUGCGCAUUGUGGAAGGUACUUCAAUGUCGAUUUGUUACAUUAUUACUUCAAAACAAAAUCUGCAUAUGCCAUAAAAUCCCCUUGUAUCAUUUAUUCAUCUUGUUUGUGAGUCUUUCUUAAACGUCAUAAAUUAAUAAUGGAGAACGAGUAAAAAACCAGAGAUACAUACACUGGAGAACGGAUUACAUUCUUUUUCAGAAUUUUUUUUGUUUCUUUUUCUUAGAUUAUAUUCCGGAGUUAUCGUGCUCAUAGUAUCGUAUUCAUAUCAAUUUGGGGAUUCGGACAUAGAUUUUCUGGAAGAAAAAAACUCAGGACAAUAAUGUCGGUAGAGUCAGAGUGGUAGGACAUGUGUGUGUACCAUCACUUGUAUAGAUAGAUAGAAAGAUAGAUAUAGAUGAUAGUUUUGUGAACAAUUAAGAAAAUAGUAAGAAUACAUAUAUAAGUUUUG